GGGGUGCAAACUGGCUCCAGCAGCUGCUGUUCGAAGAGAUGAAGACGCAGGUGGUGCUGCCCGCGAUCCAGACCGACUACAUCGACCAGAACGGACUGUCCCUGAGCUUGAACGAUGUGACCGCAAGCCUGGUGGUCUUGGACGUGGACGAUCCAUCGAUCGCGGACGUGCCACGGGUGGCGCUCACGGAAACGACGACCACGGAAGCGCCGGGAGCCGACGGCUCGGGCGCCGCUGCGUCGGAGGACACCGGGCUUAGUGGCGGGGCCAUCGCGGGUAUUGUGAUUUCCUGCGUGCUGCUGGUGCUGAUCCUCGCCGUGGUGAUUGUUUUGUGGUACCGAAACAAAUACUUACGCGACCAGCCAGGCGAGGACUUCCUGCACAUGCCGCGCAUGUCUCGCAAGUACUCGGAGGAUGACGUGGAAAUCGUGCAGGAGGAGGAGCCACGGUACCUGCUGCGCAAGUGGUUCCACAUUUUGAUGGAAGUGGACCAGCCGCUGACGAAAACUUGUGUGUUCUGCUGCCAGAGUCCCGAAGACCUUGCCUGUACGGAGCUGCUGUGCUUCCGUGACUCGGGGGAGGUACCCGCGCCCGAAACCACUUUCCCCGGGCGGCUGCUGCAGCUGGGCACCGCGCACUACGGACGCGUGCAGCCGCCCGCGGCGGGCAGCACCCUGUAUCUGGUCGACAACGCGUUCGGACGUCCGCUUCCGCGGAAUAUCUACAAUUCUGGCGCCAACGCCGAUUUUGAGACACGCGACGAAAUGGACAGUGCUGGAGGGAUAGGCGCUGUUUCUGAUGGCACAGCAGCUCGUUCGGAGCAUGCCGAUGAAAACAAUCUGUUCCACUUGACCGGCGAGCAGGAGGCCGGAUCAACACAUCUCGGGGAACAGCAGAUAGUGCAACCAGGGGGGGACCUCGGACCAUCCGAGGAGGCACACCUCCCAACGUUGCUGGACGAGCGAUACGAAAACGCAGACGGGUCGUUCCCUCGCGAGCCGCAGCAGGGCCCCCUGGCUGUGGAGAAAAAACGGUCGGGCACGGUUCCGCGAAUGCAGUUGGCCGUGUUUGUGUCGCGAUCGAAUCCGGACGUCCGCAUCACAUGCUGCAACUACUGCAUCAAGUUGGUCAACACGGUGUUCCGGGGUCCGAACCCGGACGACCCCGACGAGUGGCGCAAGUUGAGCGAUGUGGACAUCCCGCCGGACGAGAUCCAGCGGCUGGCGGACGAAAUCCUGGUUAGCCAGCAGCCUGCGCUAGCGGACGGGCCGCUGCUGGAGCCGGCGCCCUCUGCGGACGGCGGGGGCUGGUGGCCGUCGUGGUUGUUCGACGGCGGUGGGUGGAAGCAGCCGAGCCCUCCGGUGGUUGGAGGACAGGUGGACACCUUCAAUCUCACCGGCGCCGCGCGGCUUGCCCCGGUGGCCGCUAUACAGGACGCACAAGGUGGUCCUGCUUCCGACGGACAGCGAACAUUUGCCGUGGGAGACGCAACGAGCAAUGUCGCCGCAGGCACAACGGAAGCAGUUGCUGCUUCUUCGUUCUAUCAGAAGGAGCCGUCGCCGUUGCGCAGCGAGCAGGGCAGCAAAAUGCCCUCGCCGAUCGUGGUAGACAUGCAGUCCCCGGUAGAGGGAGGCGUCACAGGUGGACCAGAACAGGGUGUCGUCGCAUCCUCGGGAACUUCGGGGGAAGCAGAUGCAAACCCAGAGAUGGUUCUCGACGAUGGUGGUGGAGGCCACAGUGGGGGAGCCGGGGUGGGUGCCGACGCGGCGCCGGGGGAGCACGGGCGUAAGACCCAAGCGGAAUCGGAGAAGAAGAAACGCAGACUGCGGAAGAAGCAACGAAAGACGGGAAUUGGGCAAAACAUCUUUGCGGACCACGACCAGCCGCCCGGAGGGGCGAGCAGUCCCGACAACCAAAGCACCAGCCCCACCGGUGGUCGGCGGAGUCGACGACGGAAAUCGCGGGCGGCAGGUGCGGGCACGGAAGAAAAUACCGAGAGACCACGCAGACUAAGUGUGCGUAAUAAGAACAUCGAGCCACGCACGGAGCGCCGUUCCGCAUCGGGGCUGCGCGUAUCCACGACUCGGACUGGCGACAACGCUUCAGGGUCCUGAAAGCAGUGGCACGAAAAAAUAGAUGUGAUGAAUAACAAAAGGCAUCAAUAGGUGAAGUUUGAGAAUGUUUGCGCAUUCAGGUCAAUUUUUUGCUUUUACAAAAUCAUCGACUUUGCACGACAAGCUGACACUGUUCGAUUCAUAACGCCAAGUAAGUGUGGGUAUUUCAUACUGAAAUAUCAGCGCUGCUCGCAGCUUAGACGUCUACGCAUUCGCAGAAAGAAAGUGCUCGCAGUGUCUGGGCGUGCGUGAUAGUAAUGUGGUUUCGUACAAAUCAUGGAGGUUGUAGGCAUUCCAGUGAGAUAGAGUUUGAGUAGCCAAAGGAUGCGUUGCAGCAAUGUGAGAAAAGUAGAGGAGUAAAGAAGCUUGCUUUUGUUGCUUCGGGUUUUUUGGAAAAGCACUUGAUACAAGUUAGCCACUGUGGAAAACAGGGACAUGAUGAACAGUGUAUUUGGCCUAAAUAGUUGAUAUUAUUUAGCGUUCUGCUUAUUGCAAAAGAAUACAAUAAGAAAGUACGUCAUCAAAAUAGUGCAAGAAUAUAGUUGCAGAGGAGCCGUCCUUUUUGCGGACAGGAAACUACAAGCAGAAAGAAAUUACUUUAUUUGAAGUUGUCUUACCGUGCGGCAAGCAGGUAGUGUCCAAAUUUCCCGCAGGAGGGACGACGAAAGCACCGACAGAACACUUGCAGCGCAGAC